CUCCUCGGGGCGGGCGGCCCCGGCCCUGCCGCCUGCCCGCGCUUCCGCGGGAGAGAGGGCGCGCAGGCGCCACCGGCCGGGGAGGCGGCUGUGCGCGGGGUGUCCCUUGGAGAGCCGCCUCGUUGAGGGAGCGGGGCUGCGCCGUGCUCCCCGCGGGCCAAGCGGUGCGGGCCUCCCCGGUUCAGCGGCGCCCGUGUGUUCAGGAGCCGCCCCGCCAUGACGAGAUGGGCCCGCCGAAGCGGCGCUCCCGGCGACAAGGCGCUGGAUGCGACCCCCUGGGAGGAGAUGGCGGGGCAGGGCCGCCCGGGCUCUCUCCUCCUGCGGAAGGAGCAAGAGAAGAGGAAGAAGAAGAACAAGAAGAAAAAGGACUACCAGAACGAAGACGUUAACGGGUUUGCGGCGUACCUGCAGCAGAGCUCGCGGGGUGGCGAGGCGGCCGGAGCCGACUGCGCUGAGCUGGAGAAGGAGGUAGCCAUAGCCUUGAAGAAGGACAAGCGGCGGGAGGGGCGGAGGCUGAAGAGGCAAGAAAUGAAGAAAAAUGCCAUGGUAUGUUUCCACUGUAGAGAACCUGGCCAUGGUGUUGCUGAUUGUCCUGCGGUACUUGAAAGUCAAGAUAUGGGUACAGGAAUCUGUUACCGAUGUGGAUCCACAGAGCACGACAUCAGCAAAUGCAAAGCAAAAAUAGAUCCAGCAAUUGGGCCAUUUCCAUAUGCAAAAUGUUUCAUCUGUGGUGAGAUGGGGCAUCUGUCAAGGUCGUGUCCAGAUAAUCCCAAAGGACUGUAUGCUGAAGGUGGUGGCUGCAAACUUUGUGGCUCUGUGGAGCACUUCCGAAAAGACUGUCCAGUAAAACAGAAUGGAGACCAGGUUACAGUUGGGCGAUGGGCCACUGGAAUGAGUGCAGAUUACGAAGAAAUCACAGAAGCACCAAAGCUGCAGAAAACAAAAGUGAAAGUACCCAAAGUUGUGACUUUCUGAAAGCCUUUUGGCUGUAAACCACUUUGCAUUGCUUCACUUCAGAGUAAGGACUACACACAGUGGGUUUCUGAUUCAAGCACACUGCUGUUGCAAAAUUACGUUGGGUUUUUUUGUCCCCCCCUCAUUUUUCCAUUUGCCUCCCAGACUCACCCAGCUAACUGCAAAGUUGUGAACCACAGAAAUACAGCAAGUGGGUAUUUUGCUUUCAUAUAUCUCUGCCAAAAUACAGCAUUCCCUCUGAUUUGCAGUCCUCACUGCCAGCUCUCUGAAGAGGGAAAUUGGCUGCUUCUUGGGACAGGGAUCUGGCUGCAGUAACCAAACAGGUCAUGUGUAUUCCAUCACAGGGGCUUAUGACCACUGGAUUUCAGUGGUCAUCAUUGUGCCUUAAGAGGGCUGUUUUACUUUACCAGAGAUGAACACAAUCAUACUGAUCUUACCAAGAGUAUUUCUCUAUUUCUCUGAGGGGUUAUGGGUAUUUUCUAAAGAGCCUUUUUGGUUUCACCACCGCCUUUUAGAGAGAAUUGAUGAUUCUUCUCUGUGUGCCAGCCUGAACAGUUCUGUGGUGAAGGUACCAGGUAAACCCCACAGCCUGUUGAGCUUGGGUGUAAAAUUCUUGCUGCUCAUGGUAGGUCAGGUAAAAUAUGUACAUGCAUUAACCUCAUGGCACGCACAUGUUGGAUUGAGUGUUUGUUCAAUUAGUAGAAACAGAAGCAUGACCUUCCUCUGAUACCUGUGGUGAAAUACACCUGGAAGGAGUUGGAGAGCAAGUGAGCAGCUUGCUCAGUUUCUUUACCUUUUAUUUUCUUUACCUUUUAUUUUCUUUACCUGCUUUCCAAGGAAAGUGCUCAGAAGUCGUCAGUGUUUCUGUCUUGAUAAGUUGGGAGUAAACUGUUUUGUGUUACAAGUGCCUGCUUAAUGGUAGAUAUCUUUUUAAAUGGAGACUGCAGCCUGAAAGCCUUAGAAAAACUGACAGGUUUUUGGUUGGUUUGUUGGUUUUUUUUUUAAGUUUUAAAACCAAACCCAAACUGGCAUUCUUGCAACAGCUCUCAAAUAUUGUAGUACAGCCCAGCCAGUGGUGGUAGGCUUUCACCUGUGCCUGAUUGUCUUGGUGUUACUGGGAACACCAGAUAGGAAACUGGAGAUCAGGACUGGGUUUUAACAUGCUCAGGACCAGCCACUGAAACUAUAGAUUUAGAACGUGCUCUUCUUACAGCAAGAAAAACCCCACGUAUGGAAAUUUAAUGUGCGGGUAUAUUUUAUAUUUGUACAUGCUAAUUAUUUUUAAUAAAACAUUGCUAAAGAACACAA